AUGAUCGAAUAUGAUAAUUCUCAUGUUUUUACGGUACAAUUUUUUAGGGGUUCGGCUAUUGCUCGUAUUGUUGGAAACAACACAAAACUUUACCCAAAUGACUUCGAAGAGAUCGUACGGAUGUGGGUAGUGCCAAAGAAGUUUGAGCAAAGAAAAAGCUCAUUUCAGGUGUUUGAAGAAAUGGUUGAUGGUCAAAAAUUAUCUGAAAUAAUCAACACUCGUCAUGAAAAUACCAAAUAUCUGCCAGGAAAACAACUGCCAGAUAACGUGAUAGCAGUGCCAGAUCUCGUAGAAUCUUGCGAGGAUGCAAACAUCUUGAUCUUUGUUGUUCCUCAUCAGUUUGUCAGAAAUAUAUGUCGUCAGCUCGUUGGAAAAAUUGGUAGCGAUGUGCAAGCCAUCUCACUUAUCAAG